UCCAGCAGUAGCAGCGCUGCCAACCGUGUCGGCACGAUUUGUGCAAAUUUGCGAAGAAGCAUUCGGAAUCCCGCUGGCGCAGAUUGGCCGCACUGCUCACGGCGACAUCAUCCGCGCCCCGCGGAUAUGUAUUAUUGAUGUGUUAACCUAUGCGACGGAGCAACGCUCGGCAGUCCGUCGUUAGUCCCGCGGAAUACACGUCUGUCAUCGUGCGUCACGCUCGGCGAGCAGCCGCGAGCGAGGAACACGCGCGACCGUCGUCGCCAUGAGUUGCGUCGCGUUGCACGAAUCCGUUCGUCAACGUUGGCCCGGAGUGUAAUGCGAGCGUCUUCCCAGCGCGUAACUGUCAUCAUCACCCGUUGCCUGCUCUCGGGAAUUUCGAAUUCCGACGUUCGCGACGUCGAUACAACUACUGGCCCACUCGCUCGCAGCGAAGUGUCGGAUCACCUGCGUUUUCCCCGAUGGCCACGGGCCAUCCUCGUGUCCAGACGUGAAUCGUGAACUCGCGAAUCCUGUCUAACGUGCGUUCGUCACGCUUCUACUGGAAUGUAAGUUCCGCUGCGUCUGGGGUAUUUUAUCGGAGCAAUUGAGAGAUGAGCGAUUCUGAUAACUUGUUACCUAAAUAAAUAGCGAUGCACUGAUAAUCGAGUUAUUUAUCAAUAAACUAUCACUUGUCGAAGUGUGAGUUUGUGUGUUGGAUAAACAGAAUCAAUUUGUGUUCUAAUGAUACCAUCGCCAACGAUCAUUAUUGAUUGUCGGUGAUGGUAUGUAAAGAUAAUCGGUUUACGCUUAAAACGGUGUGUCAAAAACUAGCUAAAUGAAAAACUUGCUUUUUUAUUGCUCCAAAAUAUUUAUCGUCUUUCUGUCCAGGUGUUGGAAUUAGAAUCAUAAUGUAGAUUAAAUUGUACAUGACAAAGAAUACAGUAAGAACUAUUUACAGGGAAGCAUCUGUUAUGACACAUGGAUGAAAUAUUGUCGCUAGAUGAUAAAGUGUGAAAAAUUCAGCUGCCUCAAGUCUAGCUGUAAGACUAGUAAUUUGGGAAGAGGAACAGGACAGUGUCCACCACGGCUUUCACAGAAAUGGUUGGAUUGGCGGGCGGGGGAGGUCAUCUGUAUCCCUCGCCCCCCAUGCAGCCUAAUCCCGAAUUGAGAGAGAUGACUGGGAUCGCACCUAAUGCACCGACCAGCGCUGAUGCAUGCUUGAGUAUCGUGCAUUCAUUGAUGUGUCAUCGUCAAGGUGGUGAAAGUGAAGGCUUCAGCAAACGUGCGAUUGAAUCGUUGGUGAAAAAACUAAAGGAGAAACGCGACGAAUUGGAUAGUCUGAUUACUGCGAUCACCACCAACGGCGCGCAUCACAGCAAGUGCGUCACCAUCCAAAGAACUCUCGACGGCAGGUUGCAAGUAGCAGGACGUAAAGGUUUCCCACACGUUAUCUACGCUCGCAUAUGGAGAUGGCCCGAUUUGCACAAGAACGAGCUGAAGCACGUGAAAUACUGUCAGUAUGCAUUCGACUUGAAGUGCGACUCGGUGUGCGUGAAUCCCUAUCAUUACGAGCGUGUGGUAUCGCCCGGCAUAGACCCGUUCUUUACAGACCUGUCCGGCUUGACUCUGCAAUCCGGCGUGGGUGUGGGCCCCGGUGGCAGGCUGGUCAAGGAUGAGUAUACAGUUGGCGGCGGCGGCACCGCUGCCGCAGCAGCCGCGGCCGCGGUCGGCUCUGCGAUGGACGUGGACGGUGAGAUGAAUCAGACGAUCCAACAUCAUCCGCCGGCUCAACCACCCGCUGCAAACAACGCUCAGCAGGCUCAGCAAACUUUCAUACCAGGCUUGCCGCCUCCCAAUCCAACCAGUACUGAGGGUAUGUUUAGCGCCGGUGGGGGUGGCAAUAAUGGUAAUCCCCAUGCUAAACUGGACGACAAUAAUUGCCCCAGGCAAACCUGGAUCCCCACGCCUCAUCACUCGGCAGGCCGUAACAUGCAUCAUCCAGUAGUACAUCCAAUGAGUCACACCGUAGGUAGCCAGCAACCGCCGCUGAACGCCGCGUCCAGCGGAACGCCUGGCGCGCAGAUCCUGAGCCCUGCGCAAGGACAAUCGACUGCCGACACGUUCUACGGCACCACCACACCCCCGCAGGAUAUGAACCAGCCACCCACAGUCGACGCGUUAACGGCUUCUUUAGGUGAGGGACAGAGUUCUCCCGUGUCACCCGUGCACCUUCACCAUCCGAACGGUUUCCCUGUAGGUUCUGCAUCGUACAAUUCAGGAGCGCCACAAUGGACUGGCGCCAAUACUCUCACAUAUACUCAAAGCAUGCAACCGCCGGAUCCGCGACACCUCCAUACAACAUCUUACUGGGGAGGUCACGGAAACGACGUAAGCGGUAACAUUGGAGGAUUGCUCUCUACGCAACCAGCACCGGAAUACUGGUGCUCUGUCGGCUAUUUUGAAUUGGACAUUCAAGUCGGGGAGACGUUCAAAGUUAGUAGCGGUUGCCCUACAGUCACUGUAGACGGCUAUGUCGAUCCAAGCGGAGGAAACAGAUUCUGCUUAGGUGCCUUGAGUAACGUGCACAGAACGGAACAGAGUGAGAGAGCGCGUCUUCAUAUAGGAAAAGGCGUUGUGUUGGAUUUGAGAGGUGAAGGCGACGUUUGGUUGAGAUGUCAAAGCGAGCACAGCGUCUUUGUGCAGUCUUAUUAUCUGGACAGAGAGGCCGGCCGGGCACCUGGUGACGCAGUACACAAAAUCUACCCUUCGGCGUACAUUAAAGUCUUCGACCUGAGACAGUGCCACAAACAAAUGCGCGGCCAAGCUGCCACUGCUCAAGCUGCUGCAGCAGCACAAGCAGCAGCUGUUGCGGGUCAUCUAACACAUGGAGCGCCCAUUACCAAAAGUCUCAGUGCAGCUGCGGGGAUUGGUGUCGACGACUUACGGAGACUCUGUAUCCUGCGUUUGAGUUUCGUUAAAGGAUGGGGUCCGGAUUAUCCGCGACAAAGCAUAAAAGAAACUCCAUGCUGGAUUGAGGUACAUUUACACAGAGCGCUGCAGUUACUGGAUGAGGUGUUGCAUACGAUGCCUAUUGAUGGUCCACGAGCGAUCGAAUAAUUCCAUCGAUAUUCAUAAAGGAAACGUCAAGAUGUUGAAAUUGAGUGCAUAAAUGUAACAGGCAUGUUUCGAAUAACCUUUGAUGACGCGAGUGCACAAAUUGGACGGACCAAACUCAACGGGAAUGAUCAAACGAUUGGAGCACGCUACUUGGCGACAGGGAAGUUUCGGGGAGAGAACUUGCGGAAGUUAUUUAUAUAUUUAACAACUCGUGAUAUAAUAACCUGUGUAGAACAGGGGUUCCCAAACUUUGUAGCGUUACGGAUGAUCUAGUAGGUACAAUCGCUGUAUCUAUAUAUUCUUUAAAAUUGUAUAUAUUUUACAAACUUUUUAUAGACCUUUGCGUUUUUUAAUGCAGAGUGUACAAAGCGAAACGUUUUAGCUGUCUACUCCUCUAUUAACGCUUUUUAUUUAACAAUAAUUUUGUUGAAAUCUUGUUGAGAGACAUCAUUUUACUCUAAUGCAGUGUUAUAUAAUGGUUUAUAUAAUUGCACUCACAUGUUAAAAUUAAAAUUUCCAUUACAUGCAUCUUGAAUUAAAAACAAUUGAGAACUACAAAUAGUUGGUAGACGCAUACAAAUCGCGUGUAACAAUACAAUCUCUCGUAUCAUUUUUAUACAUGAAAUUAUCUUAAUAGAGUUAUUUCUUUCUGAAAUAUUCGUUUUCUUUCGUCUUUUUCUUCUUACUUGCACUUUAACAAAACAGUUCUUAACUGGUUUGUGAACCCCUGCUUAGGAUAAAACAUGUGCCACGGCCUUGCACUACCAUCAACGUACAAAAGUGAAAGAAACGUUAUUUUUAUUUACAAGAUGUAAUUUUUUACGGAGAGAGGCGACGGCGCAUCUCACCGACGAAGGAGGACCGAAGAAAAUAGAAUGACAGUCUUCUAUUUUGCUAGACGCGCGACGGGAAUUCCCCCGGGACGCGCAGUCCGCUACGCCCAGUGAUACCAGUUUCGGAAACGUUGCAUAGUCAGGACCCUGUUCUUUGAGAUUAGCUUUAUAAAGAUAACUGAAAUACUGUCUACACUUAAUACUUACCGUGAAUAUUAAGCUCAACAUUUAUAUCGGACAACAGAAAGAUCCUCGAUUUCUGGAUUUCUGGAUUGGGGAUCUAAAGUAGACGGAAUGUCUCAAUGUCUUUAGAUCUAAGAUUUCUAGGGAUAAGGCUGAAUAUUAAUGAAUCUGUAGACACUACAAUAAUAAUUGAAAAGCGGAACAUUUGAGAAUUUCAAAUUUUGACAAAGUUGAAUGGAUCGAAAUUUGAAAAUUCUCAGGAUUAAGAAUCUUGAAAUCCAGAAAUCUUGGAUUCCAGAGAUCUCAGAGUCCAGGAAUCUUAAUGUCCAAGGAUCGUAGGAUCCCAGGAUAUGAAAAUUCCAGGAUAUAAUUAUCUUUACAUAUGCGUGUAUUAUUACAGUAGAAGGAUUUUCUCUAAAGACACAGUAAUACUUUUCUGCCAAGUAGCAAAUAUAAAUAAUUUAUAAGAAUCACACACAUACAUACAUACAUACACGUACACAGUCAUAAUAACCCUCAGUAACAGUAUACAUUUUUAUAUUUAAAUUCGAAUAGAGAGGAUAUAUCGUAAUGUUCUCCUGAUUUGUGACGAGAUCAUGCUUAAAAGUUAUAUUUAUCACGAUUUAUAGAGAACAUAGUUAGUUAUAGCGAUUGCAUUGGCAGAAUUUUGGUAUAUAGUAGCGUUACGAUUAUUUGUUUAUUACGAAUGGGUAAUAUGUUUAUUAUCUGUUUUGCAGUUUAUAACCAAAAACUAUUUUACAUAGGGAUCUUGAAAGGUUCUAAUGAGCAUUUUUGCUCUUCUUUCUCAUUUCUUCGUUUUAUCAAAUAAAAUCUUUUAAUUUCUUAGUUACUAUUGAUAAUUAUUAUUAUUAUUAUCAUUAUUAUCAUUAUUGCGGUUGUUGGAGAAGAUGAGAACUAUUCGAGAAAUGUGACGCAUAUAAUCUUCUGUACAAUAUUAAUGCAUAAUAACGCAAACAUUUAAAACAUUUUGUACACUAUUUGGAGAUCUGAAAAAAUUUAACUAAAAAAUUCAAUUAAAAAACAAAAUUUAAGGAAUAGUAAAGGUCUGAAAGAUUUGUGAUGGAAAGAUGAGAUAAGGAAAUAAAGAUAAGGAUCUAUAUUUGCAUUCAUUAUGAUGCACCGACUUGAAGAAAUUGAUUGAGAACUUGAUUUCAAUUAAAGUGAAUUGAUCCCUGCGCACCUUCUCUAAUCAACCGCCGGAUGUUAUUACUAUUACAAUGUAGUGCUCUUGUUGAAUAAUUAUACCUGCUGUUUAUCAACUAUUUUAUUGAGAUAUAGUCGUACAAAAUAUUCUUAUAUAUACAUUUGAUAAUAUGAUAUAGAGGAACGGAUGGGGAGGAGGAGAGAGUGAGAGUGAGAGUGAGAGAGAAUGAUUAAGGAUGAAAGGAAGGAGAAGUUGACCAAAUUCAACAGUAUGCAUGUACAAGGUGCGCCCAACCCUACCAAGGACGACACCUUUGUGCCACCUUGUACAUAUAUACUCCACAACAUGCUAUUUUAUUCUAAUCGAUUGUGUCAGCGAUAAAAAAAAGAGAAGAGAAAAAAUGUUUAAUACUUGUUUACAGAGAUUACAAUUAGUAUCUGCCGAUUCUCUCGCUUCUUUGUUGCAAUUCAGCCUUCGUAUCGCGGAGCGAAUGAAUGAAUGAAUUUUCUACGAUUCAGGAGAAAUAGUUUUGGGAUGACGAGAAGAGGGACGGGGAUUAAACGUUACCGUUUAAAAUAAGUUCAAGAAGAAACACAGAAAAAACACUUGCACUAUGAAUAUAUAGAAGCUGUCCGGCGGCUACCGUAUUAUUUUUCGCCUGGAAAUACCCUCUGACGGGCUUAAGGUGCUCGUUGAGGGAUCUCCGAUUGAUGAGAAAAAUGAUUCAGUAAUCGCGGGACGAUCCUGUACACAAAUGCCUUCCUUUGAUCGACCAAUAAAGUGUACACACAGCUCAAGUAUAUUGUCGACAGGAGAUUCUUGCUUACAGCCAAGAUAGAAACACAUGUGCCAUCGUUUUCAUGCAUAUUAAGGACAGAUAUGUAAAACUUAGGACUUUUUACAAGACUGUAUUUUUAACUGCAGAGCGCGGCUUUAACGCAACCGCGGAUCUAAGAAUCUAAACUCUCUCGAUCGCAGUGUAAUAUUUUCGAGGAUAGCCGGGUACCCAUAGGUCUAAGGAUGCGAAUAAGUUCGGACUUGGACCAGAUUGUAAGGAUUGUAAAAGUCCAGAUGAACAGCUCCGAGGCUCUAAGGAUUCGCUAGGUUCCCAAUGUCUAGGAGUCUAAGCUACGAAGGUUCUACGAACUAAUAAUCCGUGGUUCUAAAACAUCCGAGUUCUAAUGGUGUGAUCUGAUAAUCGUGGCGCUUGAACGCGUCUUGCGACGAAAAAGAGGAAGAGAAAGCAAAACGAAAGCUCGAUACAGGCCACGAACGUUUCCACACCGUGCAUUAAGAACGGGAUGUGAAUUGCGAGGGAUUAAAAAAUCUCUCAAAUCGACGAAUGAAGGGCUCGCAUACACCACACAUACCGACAUGCCAAGUGCGAGAUUAGUUUGCUUAUCGGUUCCGAAAUCAAACGUUCUUGACAAAGAUAUUUAAAUAUAAGUAGUCACCGUUCAAUACAUGAGAUACUGCCAGCCAACACAAAGAGCUUUGCGAAUCUUGCUUCUUGGAUGAAUGUAAUCCUCAAGCGGAAGAUCAAGAUCACGCAAACGAAAUGUCAAAACGUCAUAAUUGAAUCACCUUCGCGUCGGGUAUAAUCGUUCAUCUUUUCUAUGCGAUCAUCGUCAUUGUCGGCGCAGAUUCUUCGAAUCCGCGUAUAAUUGUACAAGCACGGUACUGCCCAGAGCCCUUCAAUUCCGAGAUUCGUCGAGACGAGAACUGCGAAAUGCUUGUCGCGAACACCUUCGUUGAGAAAUUACUGCGAAAGAGACGGAUUGUUUCUCUCCUUACUUGCAUUUCUUUGACAAACAGCACAAACUGUCUGCGUCUAAGCCAAAGAUACUCCCCGAUGAUACAAUGUUAUAAACACGCUACGUUAAAAAUAUAUAACGAGUAUAACGAGGUUUCGAUUUCGCACCGGGCGUUCCGAAAGAGAAACGAAAGGUGCUGCGUCGACGAAAAUUUUUGUAUACAAAUUUUAAUUGAACGGGGACACACCGUUUAAUGGAACCGAGGAGAGACGACGAGAGGAACGCUCUUUCGGCUAAUCGGACUCUGAAUUUUUCGGAGCGCCCCGCAUACGAGAUGUAAUUAUCCUUAUGUAAUUAUUUCCGUUUAAUUACGAUGCAGGUAGAGUUUAUAUACAUAUAUCGCAAUCCCGUUCGAUUUGCAAUAGAUCUUAAUUAAUACCAGUGCACCGAUUACGUUUGAUCCGCGAAAUGGCGUAAUAAGGAAGAAAAGGAAAAUAGAUACAAAUUGAUAUCUGUGAUUAUCGUCGAUGCAGAUAUAUUUUAAGUAAUUUCUACAGCGUUCAGGCAUAUUUGUAAAAAAGAAACAAAGGGGAAAAGAAAGAAAAAAAAACAGUAACAAUAAUAAUAAUCAUAUACGGCGAUAAUACUUUUAGAACGAUUGUUGAGAUAAGAUUUAUCUGUGUUUGUGUUGAAUGCAUAUUUGUCGUGCCGCGUGGUGACGAGUUAAUUAAUUACGCAUAAUUAUAAUGAAGAUAAUUAGGGUAAUAAUUAAUAUAUAAUGCGAGCACUAUUAUUGUUUCGAAAGGAAAAGGGAGUAGAGGGGGGAAAAAACACAGGAGAGAACUCGAAUGAAUGUGUUUUGCGGAAUCCUUUUGUUGUUGUAUAUUAUAUAUACGUCGCAUUAUACACGAUCAUUUUCAAUAAACAUAUUCUAUAAAUUA